AUGUCUGUCUGCCAGUCCUGGUCCGUCCUGGUCUGUCCUGGUCUGUCUUGCACCGCGAGCCUCCUCCCCUUGUACUUAUCCUCGCGUGGGGACCCCGUUCGGCCCGAAGGCUUCCCCGCACUCCGGGCGCAUAGUUCGGUUUGGGGUAAGCCGGAGUCGGUCGGGGUCCCAGAACAACGUGGGGAAACGUGGAGAUCAAGCUCCUCACUAGGCCACACUGGGCAACAAUCCUAUUGCAGACACGGAAAGACUUGGUGCAAUCUUUCCCUGGGCAGUGGAAUCUGCCAUCGGAUCACCGAGGCUGCGGAUUGCGUGAUAAAGAAGAUACUGUCCAGCCAGCCGGGCAAGAUCCUCGAUAUUAAGGACGUCUUCAACUGCUACACGGGCGACGUCAUCUCCCGUUACGUUUUUGGCCAGAGCAUGGGCUUCAUCGACCAGGAGGGCUGGACGCCCAACUUUGCAACCUGGGUCAAGUCGUUUCUGCAGUCGGCCUACAUGAUGCGGCAUAAUGUGGUAGCUCGCAAGCUGGCGCAAUACAUCCCGCUCAUGGCGGACUACAUGGGUGAGGAUAUCGCCACUGUUAUGAAGCAGAUGAAUGUCGUCAUUCCGGGGUACAUCCAGGCUGCACUAGACGACCCGGACAACGGGCGCGUGUUUGCCGAGGUCCUGCAGAACAAGAGUCUUCCAGAUCAAUACAAGGACAUGUUCCACCUGUCUGGAGAAGGGUUCAAUUUUCUGCUAGCAGGGACAGAGACUACUGCAGCCAUUCUCACCGUCAUCACACACCAUCUCCUCGCUCAGCCAGCCAUCUACAAGCGGCUUAUGCAGACUCUUGGUGACACCUCUUCCUCCACGCCGGAAUGGUCCCACCUCGAGAACAACCCUUACUUCUGGGCCAUCGUGCAAGAAUCUCUGCGCAUCAUGCCGGGCGUCUCGCACCGCUCCGCGCGCAUUGCCAGGGAUGAAGAUCUGCACUACAAGAACGCGGCUGGCGACAUCGUCCACAUCAUCCCGCGUGGCACCCCAAUCGGGAUGUCCUCGGUGAUCAACCACAUGGAUCCUAGUCUUUUUCACGACCCGGAGGCGUUCAAGCCCGAGAGGUGGCUGCUGGAAGAUGGGUCACCAAACCACAAGCUUAAAAAUUACUUGCUGGCGUUUGGCCGGGGGAGUCGGGCUUGUAUUAGCGAAAAGCUCGCGAACUGCGAGAUUUACACACUGGCCGUGCGAAUGGCGUCGCGGGUUAUCCCACGCGCCACGCUGCACGAGCCUGGCAACCCGGCUGAGCAUUUUAAGUACGAUCACGACAUGAUUGUGCUGCAGACCAAGAACGGUCCCAUUAGCUGCAAAAUAAGCAUCUGCUAA